AUCCCAAACGCAAGCAACUAUGGCUGAACCUGUGAACCUUUUUACCAUUACUUCUUUCUUUAGUGAGGCACCAUUGAGGGUUAAAAAAGGUCUAAACUCUUUUAACUCAAAUAGAGUGAUAAGUGUAAGUGUUCUUCCAGGUGGUAUAUUCAAGGGUAGAGUCCAGGCAUCCAUGAAAAAGAUGAUUUACGAGGUUGAGGUGCAUGUUGAGGGUCAGUCAGUGAGGUACAGUACCUGCGAGUGCCCAAUUGGCAGAGACAAGUGCCAUCAUAUGGCAGCCUGGUUGAUUUGGGUUGAGAAAAACGUGUCCCGCACUGAUGUGGAAUGCUCGUGGAAGAGGGCGAAGACAUCGAAAACGGACGAAAUUGCAGCCAAGCGGGUGUCUGAGAUGACACCAUCCACAACACGAGCUGGAAUCAAAAGACCUGUCACACAGGAGGACAAAGAAUGGGCACUGGCAUCUUUGUCAAAACUUGGGCGUUUCACUGGAAUGGGCUGGAUUUUGAGUCCUGAACCGCCUCAGGCAUGUGAUUGGGGAAUCCUUCAUGAGCCAAGGGCAAAGCAGCAGUACACAGAGCACACUGGUGUCGAUAUCCAGGAGAGGGGACUGUUCCUGUCUGAUAGCGGCCUGCUUGGUGGAUCUCCAGACGGGACAGUAUCUGGUGAUUACAUUAUUGAGGUGAAAUGUCCAUGGUCGGCCAGAACCAAGACUAUUCUGCAGGCAGCAGAGAGUAAGGACUUUUUUCUUGAGUUGGAGGAGGUGACUGGUGCCCUAACACUAAAACCAACUCACCACUAUUGGCAUCAGAUCCAGGGCAACCUACACCUGACUAGAGCUAACUGUUGUCAUCUGCUUGUAUGGACUCCUCUUGACUUUGUGAUUCUGACAGUGCUCAUAGACCCAACAUGGGUGGUUAACAUUGAUACCCUGGAAACAUUUUAUAAAAACUGUUUCCUACCACACAUUGUGUCACAGAAUUAAUUUGCAUUUGUAAUUUAUUGGAUGAAUUGAUUAAUUAAAUUAAUUUAUAAUUAAUAAUAAAUUAUAUAUUAUAUAAUUCAUGUUAUAUAUAUAUAUAUAUAUAUAUAUAUGUAUAUAUUAUUAUAAUACUUAAUAAAUAGACUUCAGCACUUCAAAUAAAUAAUACUUAAUAAAUAGAGAGGAGAAACAUUUUUAUCUGGUU